AUGUCUGGCGGCAGCAACGACUUCCGCGUGGUCAUCGCGGGCGGCAGCAUCGCGGGCCUAAGCUUGGCGCUGGCGCUGGAGCGGGCGGGCGUCGACUUCGUGGUCCUCGAGGCGCACGCGCAGGUCGCGCCGCAGGUCGGCGCUAGUAUCGCUGUGCUGCCGAGCGGCUUCCGCGUGCUGGACCAGCUGGGCUGCUACGCGGACGUCUUGGAGCUGGUGAAUUGUUCGAUUGACAACUUCAUCAUCCGCGACGCCGGCGGCGCCAAGCUGAUCCAUGUUGAGCAUCUGGAGGAGCAUCUGAUGCAGCGCCAUGGGUAUCCCAUGAUCUUCUUCGAGAGAAGGAUGGUUAUCGAUGUGCUGUACAGGAACAUCCGCCAGAAGGACAAGGUCUUGACCUCCCGGCGCGUCGUUGGCUUUCAGCAAGACGAGCAGGGCGUCGUCGUGGAAUGUCAGGACGGUUCUGUCUAUCGGGGAAGUAUUCUCGUCGGGGCGGAUGGCAUCCGGAGUACUGUGGCCCGGAAGAUGUCGGAGUUGAACGGCACUUCUAAGAAAGAUCUUCCAGUCCAGUACAGAUGCCUAUUCGGCAUAUCCGAUAAAGUCCCAGGCAUAGAAGAGAACACAAUGCACCAUGUCACCAACUACUCUUCAUCACUCUUCGCCGCAUCAGGGCCCAACGACCGGACUUACUGGUGCUUGUUCACCAACCUGGGAGACACGUAUUAUGGAGAUGCGCUGCCACCGUACGGUGAGGAGGAGGAGGCCGAGACCGCAAAAAUCCAUGGCCCGGACGCUGUCACGGAGACGGUGAAGUUCUCGGACCUGUACGAGCGGCGAAUCACGAGCGUGAGCACGCCGCUACAUGAGGGCGUGUUGGAGAAGUGGUACGAUGGGCGGUGUCUGGUGGUCGGUGAUGCAGUGCAUAAGUUCAACCCCAUCAUCGGGCUCGGAGGUAUGAGCGCGUUGGAGACGACCGCCGCGCUCACUAACAACCUCCUCGCCCUCCUGAAGCAAUCUCCAUUCCCAUCCCGCGCCGAAGUGGAAUCUGUCUUCGCUGCAACCCAGGAAUCCCGCCGGCCCCGCGCAAAGGCGCUGGUCGACGUCUCCACGACGACCCAGCACCGCUUCGCCAUGGAGACGCCCUGGCUGCAGUUCAUGAACCGGUACUUUAUUCCGGCCAAGGGCCAGCGGUCGGCCCUGCGGCUGCUGUCUGAGGCGUACCCCGGCGCGACAAGCCUCAAGGUUGCGCGGCAGGGCACGUCGACGGAAAAUAGCAAGGCGCUGCCGGCGUGGCUGCCCAAGCCGACUGCGCGUGCGUUUCCUUACGAGGACGAGCUCCUUCGGGCGCCCGUGCCGAGGACGGCCUUCUUCAGCCUGGUAACCACCAUCACACUUGUCGGCUUGGGUCUUUUAGGGGUGCGCCUGCUCUUACAGACGUCCCUUUCGAACGGGACUUUCAGGCUCGUGGAUGAGGCGGUCUGGCAAAGAAGCGUCGAGGUGCCGGGGAAAGGAAUGGUAGAGCUGAAGCCGCUGAUCGGGCCGAACGGCUUUUUAUCCGGCGUGGAUGAGCUACUAACGACGCUGGUUGCCGUAUUUUUGCCCCUUGUUGCAGAGGACGUAACGGAGGUGGCGAGCCUGGAGAGGAAGUUGCACGCCGGCUACUUUCUCGUAUCCGUCUUCCUGCCCAUCAUUGCGGUGAUCGUGGUCGAGGGUAGCAGGAGGAGGAAUACCUGGUCGUUAGUAUGGAGCCCCAGCAUCUGGCUCGCCCUGGCCCAGCUCUUCGGCCUCGGCCUCAUCAUGCCCCUCUACGUCCUCGCAUUUUUCAGGAGCUCCGCACAUACGGCGUACUGGAUGCCUGCCGAGCGCUUCGUCCCCGAGCGCUUCAGCAAGGCGGUCUUGCCGGCCCUGGUGCUCGGCUUCCUCGUCCCGUCGGCGCUGCUGGCCGCGCCGAUGGUCUCCACUGGAGUACAGAAGUACAUCCAGCAGAUCAUCGCAUUCUGGCAGGUCACGCCUGUGUUGACGUCGUGGCUGGCCGAGGUAAUAGCGAGGUAUUUUGUCCGGUCGACGGUGACGGCCAAGCACGGGGCCGUCGAGGAUUACUCUGGGCUGGAUAUUCCGAGCCUAAGCCGGCUCUACGAUGCUAUUUUCUUCGUGGCGGGCAGUGUACACGCUGCAAUGCUACUGGCUGUCAUUUGGGUGUCUGGCUUGUCCAUCGUUGGCAUCUUCCUGCCGAGCCAGACAGCGACCCCGGUGGCGAGUAUUGUGGAAGGUGUGGGCGUUUUUAUCAAGUAUGACCUUCUCAUGACUGUUGUGGCGACUAUAAUGUGGUGUAUAAUCAAUUUCAUGGAAAUGAAAAGGGUGGGGAUCAUUCAGGGCUCGACGUUGAAACGCGUUGUGUGGCUCACGGCCGGUUGUGUUGCUGUCGGACCUGGAGCAACAUUGAUUGCACUUUGGAAAUGGAGGGAGAAGAGGACGGCGAGGCCUGAGUUGAAGGCAUAA